UCUCCACCGUCGUCUCCAUUCCCUUCUUUAACCCCUGUUCCUCCCUUUCCGUCUCCUUGUCCGUCACCUGUAUUGUCAAUCCCCCCUCUUCCCUUUCCCUAUAGUCAUACACUCUAGACCAUAUACCACUCAAUACUAUAUACUCCUGUCAUACUUGUACGCUAUCCCUAACGCAUUCCACAAUGCGUCACUUCGAUGCCUGGCUCCUCCGAGAUCCAUACUCCAUCAAUCACUACUAUCCCACCGGUCGUCGAUGGCAAGAGGCUGUCCGGGACUUGAUUCAAGAACGUAAGAUCUGCGCUCCGUCCGUCGACCUUCCGCUCUCCGUCUCAUCCUCCACUCCCGUCGAUCCCUAUGCCCGCCCCAUGGCCGACCAGGCGGCCUGCGGCCUGCUGCGCCGACUACCCACUGAGAUCCGCCUGAUGAUCUACGGGUACGUCUUCGGCGACGAGGCCGUGCAUCUGGUGCAGGUAAAGGACAAGAUCCGCCACGUCCGCUGCCGCCAGCCCGCCUCCUCCAUCGACAAGAACCGCCGCUGCUGUCCGGCCACCCAGGCACGCUGGCGGCUCUCCGCCGACGCCGCCAACCCUGGCAUCGGGCCCGGGACCAAGUCCGACAGCAUGCUGUACCCGCACACGCACCCGGCCCUGCCGUCGUCCCUGAGCAACUCGUCCCUGGCCCUGCUGCGGACCUGCCGCGCCGUCUACGCCGAGGCCGCCCAGAUCCUGUACGCCAACGUCGUCUUCGACGUGGACGACUUGAACACCUUCGUGGCCUUCUCCGCCAGCGUCGGCCCCGACAGCCUGCGCGCGAUUCGCCGCCUGACCGUCCAAUGGUCGCCCGUCUGGCAGCCCCUGGCCGGGAACGAACAGAAGACCUCCGUCUUCGCGCAUACCCACAACGACCGCCUCUGGACCCUGUUCUGGUCGCGCGUCGCCGCCCUCCGGGGCCUGGAGGAGCUGCAUCUGAGCCUGGACCUGGGCCGCUUCAGCGGCAAUCCCGUCGGCGGUCUCGUCGCCGGCAAGCAGCGCCUGCGGCUGGCCGUCGACGAGCCCUGGGUGGCGCCCCUGUUCUGCGUGCGCGGGCUGCGGUCGUUCGAGCUGGGCAUCACCGCGCGCUGUGACACCUACGCCAGACGGGUCCUGGAGGGCGAUCUGGUGCGCGAUGCGGGAGCUCUGCGUGACAACCUGCGGGCCAUUCUUUGCUCGCCCGCCGGCACCAUCCCGUUCAUCCCCGACGUGCAGUUGCAAUUGACGCGGCCGUGUGGGAUGGACGAGUCGAAUGGCGUUGCUGGGUCAAAGAUACGGCCUCGUCUGGCUAUCACGGCGGCCUAGGCGUCAGUUUCGUUCUCUGCCUCUUUCCCUCCACUCCUUCUCUUUUCAAUCAGCAUGGCUCUCGUCUUGGUUGAUAAAUUGGUCUUCCCUUUCCGAACCUAACCCCCUCUCCACCCAAAAGUGAACUUUGCAUUAUAGAGAUACCCCAUUUGAAUUUCAUCAGUUCCUUCUUGUCUUUUCUUCCCCCGCUUUAUCAAAUCUCCCAUACACGACCCUGCGCAAUCGAGUGAGUCUCUUUUUUUGACCAAAAGAAGUUCCAUGUCGAUGUCUUGGUUGGCAUGUGCAUCUAAAACAGAAAGAGAUGUUGAGUAGAUUAGAUGCGCGAGAAUAGAUUAGAUGAGAACCAAUUGCAU